AUGGGAAGAACGUCUGCUCUGCUCUUCAGUUUCGGGCUUCUGAUUGCCUCAGCUGAAUCGUUCUCAUGUAAAGAUCAGAAUAAUAAAGAUGUUGACUGGUUUGCUGCUUAUAAAAUGCCAAUAGAGAAAGAAAACUCUGCAAAUGGAAUUGCUGGAGGAACUGCUUUUUAUUAUGUUGACUCCAACGUCAAAGGAGCUUUAAAGGCUUCAACUGAAACUCUAGAUUCGAAAAAUCAAGCAAUUGCUUACACUCUUCAACAGUUUUACGAUCGUCAAAAAGAUCAAAACGUGUUCCACGUUAUGUAUAAUGAUGAGCCUUAUAACACUACUUCUUCUUUCUCUGGAAAACUUCGUGAAGAGAUGAUCAGAGCUAAUCGCCUCUCAGAAGCGGCUUCUAUUCAGUUCGGACACACAAAGGGUGUGUCAUUCUUCGAUAAAACAAGUGGUAUUUGGCUCGUACACAGUGUUCCAAAAUUCCCUCCAAAUGAUCAUUAUGAGUAUCCAACAUCUGGACACGAUUAUGGACAGACAAUGCUGUGCAUGACAUUCAAAUAUGAACAGUUACAGAAUAUUUCUACGCAGUUGUUCUAUAAUCAUCCUGAUAUUUAUUCUUCGAAUCUCCCUGCCAGUUAUUUGUGGUUGUUCGCUGGAAAAUUCAAACAAGGAAGUCCAUACAGCCGUGUGGUUACUCUGAGUACUAUUGGAGGAACUUCUUUUACUUCUUUCGCUAAAACCAAUGAGUUCAAUAAUGAUCUUUAUGAUGGUUUAAUCGCUCCCAAUCUCAGAACCAAUCUUAAAGUUGAGACAUGGAGAAGAGGAUCUGAGGUCCCUCUGCAGUGUAAAAACCAGUAUCAUGCUUUAGAUGCUCAAGACAUCAAAGUUGGGGACAGUUCGGCAUUCAAAUACACCAAGGAUCAUUCUAAAUGGGCACGUUCAGUUGAUGCUUCAAAACCUUAUAUUUGCAUUGGUGAUAUUAACAGAAUGACCAGCCAGUUUGUACGUGGAGGAGGAAGUGAAUGUAUUAGCAGUACAUUCUUAUGGAACGCAUUCAAUGUUAUGCAAGAUACAAACUCUUGUGCAGCAUAG